ACGUGACAGAACGCCGUCGUUUCGUGUCGAGCGAUUAAAAUAUCCAUCCCAAACUCCUUAGCGGUAUUUCACGUUCGUUGUUCUUCGCUUACAGUUAUAAUCUUAGUUUCUCUCCCUGAAAUGGUGGCAAAGGGUAAGAGUUCAAAACUUUGAGUUUCGAAGUUCCACAACACUGUGUUCAAGUGUAUUAGGCCCUGAGUUUUUCAGGUUCUCAAGAUGCUUGCACUGAUGGAUUCUCCUCUACUUAUUGCUAAAACAUUUGAAAUCAUUAAUAUACCAGCCAGUACACGGUGCACUGUGGUAUGUGCUGCAAAAGGUCCAAGACCAAGGUAUCCCCGAGUUUGGAAGACUAAUAAAAAAAUUGGGACCAUUUCCAAGUCUGAGAAGCUUGUUAAGUCUAUUAAGGAACUGUCAAAUGUCAAAGAAGAAGUUUAUGGAGCUCUUGAUUCCUAUGUUGCUUGGGAAUUAGAGUUCCCUUUAAUUACAGUAAAAAAGGCGCUCAAGACCCUAGAAUACGAACGAGAGUGGAAGCGUGUAAUACAGGUAACAAAGUGGAUGUUAAGCAAAGGUCAAGGAAAGACAAUGGGAAGCUAUUUUACAUUAAUUAAUGCUUUAGUAAACGAUGACCGACUUGAUGAAGCUGAAGAGCUUUGGACAAAGUUAUUAAUGCGGUAUAUGGAAAGUUUGCCUCGUAGAUUUUUUGAUAAAAUGAUAUCUAUCUACCAUAAGAGGGGCAUGCAUGAGAAGAUGUUUGAGAUAUUUGCAGACAUUGAGGAGCUUGCUAUGCGACCUAGUAUGUCUAUUGUGUCAAUGGUUGGGGAAGCCUUUAUAGAGCUGGGUAUGCUGGACAAAUACCAUAAGUUGCAUGCAAAAUAUCCACCACCAGAAUGGGAAUAUAGAUACAGCAGAGGAAGGCGUAUAAAAGUCAAAGUGCAACCUCCAUCUAAACAGGUCAACACAUACACAGAAAGGCGUGAGAAUGUUGAACAAGACUCAGACUUAAACAAGAAUUAUGAAUCUUCAGAAGAGACUUCGGGGAUAAUUGAUGACCAGCAAGUCAGACAUGAUAAUGAUGUAACAAUAUACAUGGAACCUGAACAAAUUUCAGACAUUGCGGAGAGAAUUGAUGACGAGCAACUUAGGCAGGAGGCCGAUGUAACAUCCAAUGAACUUGAACAAAUUUCAGAAAAUUCAAAUCACAGUAUGGAAACUAUUUUAGAUGUCUAAUGGGAGAAAGAGGAUAUAACUUCUCUAUCAGAUGAGUUUCUGUUGGCAGUUAAUGUUAUUAGUUGGAAUCGUUGUUUCCAUGACCAUCUCCUUCAAGUUGUUCGGAGGUUAGAAUGAAGACACACUAGAAGUAGAACAAGCGAAUCAUGUUUUUAAAAUUGUCACAAUGUGAGAUUGAGAAUCUGCUAAUGGCCAUUUCAUUUGACGAUGACCAAUACACCAUUUAACAUGCCUGCAAUCAAACAACUCAGACAUCCUGCAAUCAAGGAGCCAAAGGUGGAGGAUAUACCAAGCCAGUAUCAAUGCAUAAUUAAAAGUGGGUGCUAUGAGUUGAAAAUUUCCUAGUUGCAUGACUUUAUAUCGAGAUUGGGUGACUGCUGGUGUUAAAUUGUUGUUCAUAUAUAUUUUAUUAAAGUUGUAUUUUAUGGGUAACUUUUUCAGAA